AAAUGAAGCUGUACAGAUGCUUCUCUUUCCCUCUAGGGUUUCGUUUUCUUCAGGAAUGCUCCUUGCUCUCUGGGAUUCUCAUUGGAAAAUUCACGUUCCUGAAUAGUGCAUCAGUGCCACUUUGGUCACGCAGUACGGUGGGUUGUUUGAGGCACAGCUGAUGAAAUUCAUGAAGAACAUCAUAAUAGUUGAUGGCAGUUAAAAUCAGAGGAUGAGACAAAGAUCAUAUAGUUGUUCAAUACAGUUUGAAGAACCAUGAGUGCCUUUUUGUUUAAGAUAUCAAAGCGAUCCUCAGUUCCACUGAGGAUGGUUCUUGUGCUCUUUGUCACAAUAUUCGGUGUAUUUGUCUUCACAGUCUGUAUAAAGCAGAUAACUAUAGAGAAUAAGUCAAAUAAUAUAGUACUGGCUACUGAAAAGGAAAGAAAUCAUUGUAAUCUGCAUGCUAGUGCACAGAAUGAAUUACCACAAAUACAUUUUCCGCGACCUAAAACUUAUAGUAGGGGUGAAUGCUCAUGCAAUCCUGUACGCUUCUUUGUCCUUUUCUCUAUGCAGAGAUGUGGGAGUGGGUGGUUUGAAACAUUGCUAAACAGUCAUCCCAACAUCAGUUCACAUGGGGAAAUCUUUUCUGUCAAAGAAAGGAGAAUAAAUAUUUCAUCUAUUAUUAGGACAUUAGAUGGUGUCUACAACUUAGACUGGUUUAGUAGUGCUUCGAAGAAUGAGUGUGUUGCUGCUGUUGGAUUCAAGUGGAUGUUGAAUCAGGGUGUCUUCGACAACCACAAAGAAAUUCUUGAUUACUUCAAUUUGAAAGGUGUUUCUGUAAUAUUUCUUUUUCGGAGGAAUCUCCUUCGCAGGCUCAUUUCUGUGCUUGCAAAUGAUUAUGAUAGACAUGCAAAGCAGCUCAAUGGAAUCCACAAAUCUCAUGUUCAUACAAAACAAGAGGCUGAGGUGCUAGCGCAAUUCAAGCCCAUCAUUAACACCACAGCUCUGAUAGCCAACCUAAGAAGUGUUGAGAGGACUAUGACAGACUGUUUACAGCUUUUCAGGAGUACCCAUCACAUAAUAUUGUACUAUGAGGGCAUUUUUAAAAAUCACAAGGCAUUAGUGCAGAUACAAGAAUUUCUUGGUGUUCCUGUGAGGAAGUUGCAAAGUCGGCAAGUAAAAAUUCAUUUAAGGCCUCCUCCAGAACAAAUAAUGAACUGGAAAGAUGUAUACAUUACGCUAAAUGGAACACAGUAUGAACAUUUUCUUCACCAAGCAGAUUAUGCAAAUUAAUGGCCAUACAGUUGUAGUCCAUAUUUGUUGGUUUAUUAUAAUGGAGCUAAAAUUUGUGUUCA